GGAGACAGAAGCAAAGCAGCCCUUCUUAAAAGGCUAGGCCCGAAACUAGAAGGGGGUGGGUGGGAAAGGUGCCACCCCAGCCGUCCCCCGGAGCCGAUUAGGUGGCGACUUCUAGGUGCGAACGGGGUUGGCAACUCCAGAUCUGGGAAUCUGGCGGGAAGGGCCUCGCCUGCGGAGGAGAGUGCCGCAGGGGCGUCAUUGCACAGACCACCACCCCCUCUCUCCAAAGCAGCCAUUUGUGAACUGAUCUCCGCAGCCUGGAGUGCAGUUGCAGUUCCGGGAAGUCUCCAGGCCCCACCUGGAGGUUGGCAACGCCCGCGGAGAAGCGUCCUCGGGCGCCGGGCCCGGGCCGGAAAGGGUUACGCGCGGAGGGAGGCCGGCCGAGCGAAGCGCGCAGGAACGAGGAACGGGCAGGUAGGAGGAAGCGGCUCCCCCCACCGGCCGCGAAAGUUGCAAAGGCAGGAAGCGGAGGAAGAAAACAAAGUUGCCCAGCCGGGAGGAAGAGGCGCCGCGGAGGCCAGGCCAGGCAGGGCGUCAGACCCGGCCGGGCGCGGAGGCGAGGCGCGGAGCGGCGCUUGCAAGCGCGGGGCGAUCCGAAGACGGACGGGGAGGCAGGAGGCGGACAGGCCCCGGGCGCGCCCCCCCCCAUCCCUCCUUCCCUAGGGGGCAGCCUCCCUCCGGGCGUCGAAGACCGGCCGGGAUCGCCUGCCCUGACCCCGGGAAGCCGACGAUGGAGCCGCACGUCGGCGCCUCCCAACCUCCGACGGCAGGCCCCGGCCGCGGGGGCCCCCCGACCCCGCUGUUGAUGCCUUCGGGGGCGGCCCGAACUUUGCUCCUCGGACUCCUCUGGGGUGCCAUUCCAACUGUGGAAAGUAGCCCCUCCUACAUGGGUGUCUGUCAGGGCUACCCUGACAUCCGGAGGGAAUUCCCAGGCCAAAUCCGUAGCCCUUCUCUGCAGGGCAUGCCAUAUAGCAGUUGCAGCUGGGUGAUUCUUGGUGAGCCCGAGGAUAUCAUCUCUAUCAGGUUCCAGCGCUUCCGCCUCAUCUGUGGCUCGGAGGUGCUGACGAUUCAUUCAUCUUCUCAGCCAACCAAGAAAUUCUGCGGCUACAACAGUCCGGAGCCCCUCCAGAUAAAGGGGGGCAACGUGACCCUGAGUUACAGCUGGAAGUUCGUGGCGGGAGAUGGGUUUCUGUUGAAAUAUGAGAGAGAACGGACUUUUUCCAAGCCAAGGAUCACCACGUCUUGCGGCCAGGGGAACAGGUGCCCGAGUACAUCCUCCAGCUCCGUACCAGUGGAUCAGGCCACCGGGUGGGGACAAGCAACCACCAAGGGGAUGCGUUGGCCGCCCUGGCUGGAUCAGCUGACUCGAGGAGCAGCCUCGGAAAUCUUGGAGCAGCCGCAAAGGAAUUCAUCAUUUAGGCUUAGGGGAGAAUUUAAACCCCCAGCAUGCAACCUCACUCUGGACAACUUCUAUGGGGUAAUUUUUUCACCAGCCUUUGCCCCAGACUCGCACCCAGGUGCUGCACAUUGCCAGUGGGCCCUUGAUGCCCACGACAGCCGCCCACUAAGCAUCCGCUUUACCAUCAUCGAUUUGGACAUCAGGGACUCUCUGCACGUGUAUGAGGGAGUGCCUGGCAGCACACCUCACCCUCGCUUGCUGCGCAACUUGGAUUAUACCAGCAACGGCAAAGUUGUUUCUGUCGACUCGCCAUCCAGCCGUGCAUGGGUCCUCUACCAGGCUGUACCGGGAAGAAUGCGCCUCGGGUUCAAUGCUACCUACCAUGUGCGAGGUUACUGUGUACCGUGGGAUUUUCCCUGUGGCGGCGGAGAUGGCGAAGGUGCCAGUUGCUACAGCGCUGCUGAGCACUGCGAUGGCAUCUGGGACUGUGCCAAUGGCGCUGACGAAGAUGGCUGCAGUGGCUGUCCGCAUGGGCAGUUCGCUUGUGGAGGGCGAGGCAUCGGCGGGGCUGCCUGCUAUGGACCUGCUGACCGCUGCAAUUACCAAACCUUCUGUGCAGAUGCUGCAGACGAGCGUCACUGUCACACCUGUCAGCCAGGCAACUUCCGGUGUCGGGAUGGGCGCUGCAUCUAUGAGAGCUGGGUGUGCGACGGGCAGCCCGACUGCACCGACGCCUCCGACGAGGCCGACUGUGCAUAUGUCCUUCCGCGCAAAGUGGUGACAGCAGCUGUUAUCGGCAGCCUAGUAUGCGGCCUGCUGCUGGUGAUUGCCCUAGGCUGUACGUGCCGCCUCUAUGCUCUCCGUAGCCACGAGUUUGGCAUCUUGGCCCCCAUGUCCCGGAUGGAAGCCCAGAUGAUCCAUCGCCAAGCUCCCCCUUCCUACGGGCAACUCAUCGCUCGUGGUGUCAUCCCUCCAGUCGAUGGCUUCCCUACUGAACAUCCCAGUCAGAACUCAAUGCUGGGGAAUUUGCGGUCUCUGCUGCAUCUCUUGCGCCGUGACCCAGCUGCUGCCGCUGCUGCCAACGGGAGCCGCCAACCACAUCGCAGUCGUUUCCAGCGCCGUUUGGUGAGGCGCAUGCGCCGGUGGGGACUGCUCCCUCGGCCCGUUCCAUCUUCCUCUGCUGCAACGACCAUAACAGCUGCCGCCGCCACAUCAUCUUUGCAUUCCGUUCCUGAUAUCCUGCCUGAGUCGGUUUCGGGGGAAGAAAAUACAACUUCUGUCCCACGUGAAGAGCAAGCCCCGCCUCUUCCUCAGAAAGUCCCACCGACUCCGGCGCCUUUGCCAGAGCCUUGUGCCCCUCCUCCUCAUCCCACUCCACGGCUCUCAGGAAUGAUGCAAACUCUCCGUGUGCGGCUUUUCCCCUCUGCACCACCGUGCUCCGUAGAGGCAAGUGACACCCUCAGUGUGCCCCCCUCCCCUGAGGAUGACGAUGAUGUGUUGCUAGUGCCUCUUACUGAGCCACGGCUCCAGAAUACAGUCGAGGUGUGGGACGAUGAGCCCCUUCUGACCUGACACCCCCACCCGUUCACCCUUCAGGGUCAAGCUGAUCCUCUGUCUCCAACACUGGACAUUGCCUUUAAGAACUUCACAGACAGUUACCUGUGCUAAGCAACAACUGCCCCGGGGCUUUUCCAGCUGUCCCACCUCUAGCAUUUGCCUCCAGCCACUUUCUUUAAGCGAGACAAAUUUAUAGUGAAUGAAAUAGGAGCAAAAUAAUUGACUGGCAGUUAACGUAAAUGUUCUUAAAGGUUCUAUUUUUUGCUCUUGGCACUUGAACAAGAGUGCCAAUUGUUGCCACCUCGUUCUGGCUUAUUGGAGGAUGUUGAAUAUGGGCGUAAUAUUUGUGUGCCAGUUAAAUAAGGUUUCUGAAAGGGAAUGUUGGUCAUUUGGGAUUAGUGUUCUUUGUUACAAGCCGUGAGAAGAGUGUUCUCGGUCCACCCGAUCAUCUUGACAUUUGUUCAUCUUUUCAUAGCUGUGAGCAACAGGCUGUGGUUCAGCUGGCACUGAAAUACGGCUUUUUAUGGAGAACAGUAGAAGUACAUGCACUUGACAUUUUAAAAAAUGUUCUUAGAAAGUGAGGAGGUGGGAAUGGAAAAUAAAUAUGUUCUGCAGGGAGACACUACAAUAUUCCUCUGCCGAAAAGGGAAGGAAGAAAAGAUGCUUGUUUAGCAAUCGAUAGUGGCUCUUAAAGGCAAUGACUGUAUUGGCUGAGCCCCAAAAGUUGUUCUUGAACGACGCACUAUAGAAAAGCCCACACUAUAGAAAAGCAAAAAAAAAAAAUCUUCAGCAAGAAAAUUAUUUUUUCUGAAGUUCUAAGAAGGUAACAAAGCUAAAAAUAUUUAAAGUGUUUGACUCCCCUGGAAAUCUUUUUUGUGGAAGUCAGAAAAAAAUGUUUUAUGACAAAGAGAUAAGAUGGAAAAUAUUUUGAUCUUUUAUGGAUGUUUUGUAAGUAAAUUAUUUUUAAAAAACUCGAGAAGUGAAAAGAAUUUUGCACAAGAACUUGGAGUAACCAAUCAACUGUAAAUAAGGAAAAUUUUGUAUGAAGGAUUAAAAGUAAUUUAGUAGUGA